UGGUGGUAAAUAAUUGUUAUUUGGCGGGAGAUUUCUUACUCUUAUUUGGAGUGACAGAACCCCAAUUGUUGUUUCUCUAUCCUCACGACUCCACCGUGAACUUGAAAUCGUUGUGUUGCAGAAGCUCUACGCUAUUAGCAGAUGGAAGAUCCAGCUCCACCCUCCGAAGCUUCCAAUCGCCCUCGUAAGAGGGGCAGACCUCCUAAGCACGUCGCCAAGGAACCCGAUGCCGACGCCGAGAACCGCGACAGGAUCACUGAGCAAGCCGACCGAGAGAGUUCGCCCGACGAUUCCGCCGAAGCGCGCCCGAAAUCCAAGCGAAGUCGUGCUUCCGAAGGAACCUCAAGCGUCGCGUACAACGUCUCUGGUCAAACCUUGAUUGAUGCAAUCAAAGGUAAUGGCAAGUCUAUUCCUCAUGUGGUCAAGUUGUGGAUUGAACGCUACGAAGAGGAUCCGAAAGCUGCAAUGGUUGAUCUCUUGACAAUGCUGUUUGAGGCAUGUGGAGCCAAGUAUUGUGAUAAAAGUGAUCUUGUGGACGAGACUGAUGUUGAUGAUGUUGUAGUUGCUCUUGUCAAUUGUGCUAAAAGGGGUGAAGUUGAAGACUAUCAAAAUUCCAAAAAGAAAGAGAUUAAAAACUUCAAAGAGAAUCUAGAAGCAUUCUGGGAUAAUUUGGUUCGCCAAUGUCAGCAUGGCCCAUUGUUUGAUCAAGUUUUAUUUGACAAGUGCAUGGACUAUAUCAUUGCACUCUCAUGCACCCCUCCAAGAGUUUACCGUCAAGUUGCAUCCUUGAUGGGUCUUAGGCUGGUCACAUCAUACAUAACUGUUGCUAAUAUGCUCGGUGCUCAAAGAGAGACUACUCGUAGACAGUUGGAUGCUGAGAAAAAGAAAAGAACCGAGGGGCCUCGGGUGGAGUCACUAAAUAAAAGGUUUUCUGAAACUCAUGAAAGAAUAACAUUGUUGGAGGAGAUGAUGCGCAAGAUAUUUACUGGGUUAUUUGUGCAUCGCUACAGAGACAUUGACCCAAAUAUUAGAAUGUCAUGUAUUGAAUCAUUGGGUGCCUGGAUCCUGUCAUACCCAUCACUUUUCCUGCAGGAUUUGUACUUGAAAUAUCUUGGAUGGACAUUGAACGACAAAAAUGCUGGUGUAAGAAAGGCUUCUAUAAAUGCUCUGCAAAAUCUUUAUGAGGUGGACGAUAAUGUACCAACACUUGGUUUAUUUACCGAAAGAUUUUCUGUCCGGAUGAUUGAACUUGCUGAUGACAUUGAUGUUUCUGUGGCUGUUCAUGCCAUAGGUCUUGUUAAGCAACUACUAAGACAUCAACUUAUUCCUGAAGAUGACUUGGGUCCUUUGUAUGAUUUGUUGAUUGAUGACCCCCCAGAAAUUAGGCAUGCCAUUGGAGGACUAGUGUAUGAUCACUUGAUUGCUCAAAAAUUUAAUAGCUUCCAAUCAGGAUCAAAAGAUGAACCUGGUAAUACAUCUGAGGUCCAUCUGAAGAGAAUGUUGCGAAUUCUGGAGGAGUUCCCACAAGAUCCAAUUUUGAGUAUUUAUGUAAUUGAUGAUGUGUGGGAGUACAUGACUGCUAUAAAGGAUUGGAAGUGCAUUAUAUCCAUGCUCCUUGAUGAAAAUUCAUCAGUUGAGCUCUCUGACAGUGAUGCAACAAACUUGGUGCGGCUCCUGUGUGCAUCUGUGAGAAAGGCCGUGGGAGAGAGGAUUGUCCCUGCUACGGACAACAGAAAGCAAUACUACAACAAGGCCCAGAAAGAAAUAUUUGAAAAUAACAAACAGGAUAUAACUGUUGCCAUGAUGAACAGUUACCCAUUACUCUUGCGUAAGUUCAUUUCAGAUAAAGCAAAAGUGUCAUCACUGGUUGAGAUUGUUUUGUAUAUGAACCUUGAAUAUUAUUCCUUGAAAAGGCAGGAGCAGAAUUUCAAAAAUUUACUGCAGCUCAUAAAAGAAGCAUUUUUUAAGCAUGGUGACAAGGACCCUCUGAGGGCUUGUGUGAAGGCAAUUGAUUUUUGUUGCUUAGAAAGUCAAGGGGAAUUGCAAGAUUUUGCUCGGAAUAAAUUAAAGGAACUUGAGGAUGAAAUUAUUGUUAAGCUGAAAUCUGCAAUUAAAGAAGUAGUGGAUGGUGGUGAUGAAUAUUCUCUUCUUGUAAACUUGAAGAGGUUGUAUGAACUCCAACUGAAAAGAUGUGUGCCUAUCAGUAGCCUAUAUGAAGACAUUGUCAUGGUGCUACGGGAUUUUAGGAAUAUGGAGGAUGAGGUUGUUGGUUUCCUGCUUCUUAACAUGUAUUUGCAUCUAGCUUGGGGUCUACAGACUAUAGUAAAUGAAGAAGCUAUUUCUGGAGAAUCCUUAACUUCUCUUUUGUCCAAGCGUGAUACUUUGUUACAAGAACUUGAAUACUUUCUCAACUUGGCUGCUAACAAUAAGGAAGGGACUAAACAUGGAAGUGAACUUGCAUGCAGAGUAUGCAUUAUACUUGCAGAAACGUGGUUUUUAUUUAGGACAACAAAUUUCAGCAAGACAAAGCUAGAAAGAUUAGGAUAUAGGCCAGACGCAAAUAUGCUUCAGAAGUACUGGGAACUUUGUCAACAACAGCUUAAUAUUUCAGAUGAGGCAGAAGAAGAAGAUGCUAAUGAAGAGUAUGCUGUGGAGACAAAUAGAGAUGCUGUGAUGAUUGCUGCUGCAAAGCUGAUCGUGAAUGAUAUAGUUCCGAAGGAGUAUCUUGCUUCUGAGAUUAUUUCUCAUUAUGUGAUGCAUGGGACAAGUGUGGCUGAGAUUGUAAAGCAUCUGAUCACAGUUCUGAAGAAAAAAAAUGAUUUGGCUCACAUUUUUCUGGAAGCACUUAAAAGUGCAUACCACAGGCAUCCUGUCAAAAUCUCUCGAAAUGAGGAUGUUUCUUCAGAGAAAAGAUGUAAAGAUCUGGGCGAUCUGGCUGCUAAGCUUUCUGGAACAUUUAUUGGUGCUGCUCGGGUCAAACACAGGCCUGACAUUUUAAAAAUUGUCAGAGAUGGUAUUGAAUAUGCUUUUCUAGAUGCUCCAAAACAAUUGUCAUUUCUGGAAGCAGCAGUACUUCCUUUUGUGUUAAAGCUCCCUGCGGCAGAUAUAUCAGAAAUUAUGAAGGAUGUUCAACAGCGAAAAGGAAAUGUCAAUACAGAGGAAAAUCCUAGUGGCUGGCGACCCUACUACACAUUUAUUAACAACUUAGAAGAAAAAUUUGCAAAGAAUGAGGGAUUUCAAGAUGAGAAAGAAGGGGUUUCUGUUAGGCGUAGGGGCCGUCCUCGUAAAAGGCAAAACAUACCAGGAAAGAAGCUUUUUGAUGAGCAGAGUUCAAGUGAAGACGAGGAUUCCAUUAGUGCGUAUGAACAUGAUGAAGGGAGAAGACUAGAGGAGGACGAUGAAGAUGCUCCAUUGAUACAUUCAAUCAGAUCAUCAUCCAAGUUAAGGUCGCUGGGAGUUUCUAGGGAGGAAAGCCAAGUUCAGACAAAGACUGGGAAUUCUGUGAGAGCUACAGAUACUUUAUCUGCUUCUAGAACCUCAGGUAUAUUGCAUUAGCAAAUCAAGAUUUGAAUAUCAGUCUUGCUGCUAAAUACCGAGUUGAAGACGUUCAGAGCAUUUUAAAGCAAAUUUUCAUGUCUGACUUUUCAAAUGAAAUUUGCUUUUCCUGCCAAGGGGCAUCAAGCUAGUCUUCCCCAGUUGUAGUUUACUAUUAUAUGUUGGCAAUUUCUUUGACAAAUAUUAAUUACUAGACUUUGUAAGAUUAGUUUUACUUGUUUAUAAUUCAACUUGCUGAAUGUUUAUGGAGCUUGUUCUAAUCAAGGUUGACGGCCUUACUGCUGUAAAGGAAUUAGUACAGUGCCAUGCCUCUUGACGGCCAAUCUGAACUGAGAAGUUAGCGUGACAUUAUCUUCUGAUUUUAAAUAUAACCAUGGUUGUCAACGUUUGUCCGA